AAAAAAAGAGUUGACGCCAUUUUAUCAUUUGACUGUUAAUACUGUUCAUAUUUACAUUUAAAAAGCAGACAUAAAACUAACUUAGGUUAUACGUCUUAAGCCACUAUUAGAUUUGUCAUUUUAGCAAUGUUAUACUAACCAUAUAUAAUUAUUUCAUACAGUUUCUUUGGCAUAAAAAUGCAGUAUUAAAAACGGAAAAGAAACCGGAAAAAAAAACAUCUUCUAAAUGCUCAAAUGCAUGGCAAGUAUUUAUAGUGUGACAGCAGUAGCAGGAACCUGGCUCUCUCAAACCCAAAGGAAGCCUGAUAUAAUAUGCCGUGGAUAAAGUAAACUAGUCUGUCCCCCUUGUAAGUCACUCUUUUGGACUUUUCUGACCAAAAUUGAACAAAGUUCCUUAAAAUAUGCAACCAAUGGACUCGCUGAAAAGAAGACAACUAGCAGACUGUGCGAUAUUAACAGCACGCCUCAUAUACUGUAAACAGCCACCACCUGCUUUCUCUCCUACACAGCAUUCUGUCAUAUGCUGCCAGCCUAUGUUAGAUUUGGCACUGUAGACAAUGAAUUGAUUCCAAUUGGGUGUUGCAAAACCGCUGCCUUACGUGACGAAAUGUUGUUAAAAGCACGUGUGAGCGCAUGUAGGUUACAAGUGCAAUGCGCGCGGAUUGUAUUUCUGCAAGCAAGCGUAAGCAGCGCGUUGAGUGAAGGCGGCGAUUAUGAUGAUGCCUGAGGUCCAGUAAAUGUGACCAUCUCCUGAUCUGUUUCACUUCUCAAAUCUGUGUCCAGCGGAGGAGUGAGCCAACUACCUUGGGAAAAUCUCGUCACAAUGACUUUCAAAAACAUCUCCGUGGAUUUAUUCUUUAAGUUUUUUAUCUUGGAAAAUUACACUUCGUUUUUUAAUUUCUCAGUGGACGAGAUAUAUGACAGAGGAGCGAGUUAUGAGUCUGAUUCACACAAACCGACAAUCAGAGCGCUGCUUAUCGUCGCGUACUCCGUUAUUAUCGUCAUCUCACUCUUCGGAAACUUGGUGGUUUGUCAUGUUGUUAUUAAGAAUAAACGAAUGCACUCAGUCACAAGUUUGUUUAUUAUGAAUUUAGCCAUUGCUGACAUUCUUAUAACUGUUCUCAACACGCCUUUUACACUGGUGCGCUUUGUAUACAGAACAUGGGUGUUUGGGAAGGCAAUGUGCCAUGUGAGCCGCUUUGCACAGUAUUGCUCUCUUCAUGUCUCUGCCCUUACACUGGUUGCCAUCGCUCUUGACAGAUAUCAGGUGGUGAUGCACCCAAUGAGAAAAAGGAUGUCUCGGGUUAAGGGAGUGGCCUGGAUCGGGGUUAUCUGGGUGAUGGGGUCCUGCUUCUCUCUACCUCAUGCAAUCUACCAGACACUGAUUCGCUUUGAAUUUUUCAAAACAAGGGUACGGCUGGUAUGUCUGCCUAACUUCCCACACCCCUCUGAUCUCUUCUGGAAGUAUCUGGAUCUCACCACGUUUAUCCUUCUCUACGUCUUGCCUGUAGCAAUAAUCUCCAUAUCUUACCUUGUGGUGGCCAAGAAGGUUUGGUUCAGAAAUGCCGUCGGUGAUGUCACGGUGGCUCAGUCGGCUGCCCUUCGCAGGAAGAAGAAGACUACCUUAAAGAUGCUAAUCGCAGUGGUGGCCGUGUUUGCGGUCUGCUGGUUCCCACUAAAUUGUUAUGUGGUGCUGCUGUCAAGUAAGAUGAUCCAAGCCAAUAAUGCCGUGUACUUUACCUUUCACUGGUUGGCUAUGAGCUCUACCUGCUAUAACCCUUUUAUAUACUCUUGGCUUAAUCACAACUUUCGUGCAGAGCUCAGAGCGCUGCCUCUACUUGGACGCUUAGCCAAGGUCAACGCUAUCCAGCAAUCUUAAGGAAGCACCACACAUACUACUGUACUGUACAUACUUUUGUUUCUAUGAGCACUUUUCACGCACUAAACCUUAAUGUUCAACUCUCUCAUUUCACAACUUCCUGAUUUCUCAUUUAUCACAACCAAGGCCAGGGCUUUGAAAUUUUCCCAAUUGGUUUGUUCCGAACAGAAACAGUAUUUAAAUGUUUCCGGUUUUCGGUUCAACCCUAAAAUUGACGUUCCUGAACCGGUUAAAACAAAAAAAUAAAUUACGUUAAUAACGUUCCAUGUCAGCGGUGGGAAAUACAAAUAAGUAGGCUGAUCAUUACGACAUUCAAUUUAAAUUAUUAGUCAACAUAAUUUUCCUUAAAGGUGCAAUUUGUAAGAUAUUUCCAGUAAAAUAUCCAAAAACCACUAGGCCAGUGUUAUAUAUUUUGUCCAACUGAUUACUAUCAAUAUCUGUAAUGUUUUCAACUACAUGUAAACCGUGAGAAAAUUGUCAUUCUAAACAGUGACACGGGGCAGUGCAGUCUCCUUUCAGUGACGUUAAUAUCCGUUAAUAUAUAAUAUACAUGACCCUUUGUUACCGCCUUUACUGACGUAAAAAGCACAUGACAACAGUGUCGUGGACAAAUGCGGAAGUAUGCGUUAGCGCCUGUCGGGCUACGCGCUUAUUUAUGAACUAUCCGUGUGUCUCAAUCAGCUCCCUUGUUCAGUAGUCAGGGCACUGAUCAGGGAGUCGGCCAUUUUAAGGGCUGUCUCAAUCGCAAAAUCCGUUCAGUGUACUGGAACGUUCGUUCCCUAAAAAUUCCCACAAUGCAAUGCAAAAACCAGUGAGCAUCGAUGGUCCCUAUGUUCCCUAACCGGAAAUCACGUGACCUUUUCUGAAGCUCGCCAACCGAACAUCACGUGAUCCAACUCAAUAAACUUUAUGAAAUGUUACAGAACUUUUAUAAAGACAAACGUUUGUUUUAGUUUUAAAUAUAAACACACAUUGCUACACAGUAAGGGACCACA